GCGGGGCACGUCUAGUUUCCGAGCGCCAAGUUGCCCGCGCCUAGGCGCCGAGUGGCCGGCCUUCCGGUUUUCUAAUAUGUUGCGCGUGGUGAGCUGGAAUAUCAAUGGGAUCCGGAGCCCCAUACAAGGGGGGGUAUGCCAGGAACCCGGCAACUGUGCCGCUCUGGCCAUGGGACGCAUUUUGGGUGAGCUGGCUGCCGAUAUCGUCUGUCUCCAGGAGACAAAAGUAACGAGGGAUGUGCUGACAGAGCCCCUGGCUAUUGUCGAGGGCUACAACUCCUAUUUCAGCUUCUGCAGAAACCGUAGUGGCUAUUCUGGUGUAGCCACCUUCUGUAAGGACAGCGCUACCCCCGUGGCUGCUGAAGAAGGCCUGAGUGGCCUACUUGCCACUCAGAAUGGGGACGUGGGUUGCUAUGGAAACAUGGAUGAGUUCACCCAAGAGGAGCUCCGGGCUCUGGAUAGUGAAGGCCGGGCUCUCCUCACACAACACAAGAUCUGUACUCGGGAAGGAAAUGAGAAGACCUUGACCAUUAUCAACGUGUACUGCCCCCACGCGGACCCUGGGAAGCCUGAACGGCUGACCUUUAAGAUGCGCUUCUAUCGCCUGCUGCAGAUCCGAGCAGAAGCCCUCCUGGCUGCUGGCAGCCAUGUUAUCAUUCUGGGUGACCUGAAUACAGCCCACCGCCCCAUUGACCACUGUGAUGCCAUCAACAUAGAAUGCUUUGAAGAGGACCCAGGUCGCAAAUGGAUGGACGGCUUGCUCAGUAACCCGGGGUGUCAGGCAGGGUCCCACACAGGGCCCUUUAUUGAUAGCUUCCGCUGCUUCCAGCCAAAGCAGGAAAGGGCUUUCACCUGCUGGUCACUGGUCACCGGCGCCCGUCAUCUCAACUAUGGUUCACGGCUUGACUACGUGUUGGGGGAUAGGACCUUGGUCAUAGACAAUUUCCAGAGCUCCUUCCUCUUGCCUGAGGUGAUGGGCUCUGACCACUGCCCUGUGGGUGCAGUGUUGAAUGUGUCCUCUGUACCUGCAAAACAGUGCCCGCCUCUGUGCACCCGCUUCCUUCCUGAAUUUGCAGGCACUCAACUCAAGAUUGUUCGCUUCCUGGUUCCCCGUGAACAAGGUCCUGUGUUGGAUGAGUCAGCAUUGCAGCUCAGCAGUCAAACUCGGGUACAGACACACCAAAACAAAGCCCGUGUCCGCUCAGCCAGGCCUCGGCCAAGUCAGGUUGGUUCCAGCAGAGGCCAGAAGAACCUGAUGAGCUACUUCCAGCCUUCCUCGAGCCAUCCCCAAACCUCUCCUGCCUUGGAGGUGCCUCGCCUGCCGCUGAAGGACAUCCUUGUGAUGCCAAAGACUCCAGAACAGGAGGUGAUGACCAAAGUGGUAGAGGGACAGGCCAAGGCUUCAGAGGUCAAAGAUGACAAGGAGGUACAGACUUUGUUCUGGAAGUCUGUGCUGGGGGGACCCUCACCCAUGCCCCUCUGCGGGGGCCACAGGGAGCCAUGUGUCAUGCGUACUGUGAAGAAGCCAGGACCUAACCUGGGCCGCCGCUUCUACAUGUGUGCCAGGCCCCGGGGUCCUCCCACUGACCCCUCUUCCCGCUGUAACUUUUUCCUCUGGAGCAGGCCCAGCUGAGCCAACUGAAGCAUAAGAAUGUGUGAUGUCAUCACCCCUCAUAGGAUCUGAAGUUAGCUGCUCUGCUGAGUGUCUGGUAUAUCUCUUCCUCCAAGGCCCCCUUUCUUCCUUUCCUCUCCUCUGCCUCCUUAUCUUUCUCUUCUUCCUCCCUCUCAUCUUCCUCCAGUGUUUUUCUCUUCGUCUUCCUCCUGCCUAACUCUGUCUUGUUGGCGAGCUUCUUGUGCCCUAAUGCUGUUACCCAAUCCCCCUCCCCACUUCCCACCAUCCUAUUAGAAGGACACAGGAGCCAGCUGCCCCAGAAAGUUGUGAUUUGAAACUCCUGUCCUUGCUGGGAAAUGUAUUUGUAUAUAUUUAAAUAAAUAAAGUCUGUGUCUUUGUUUC